GCAGCCAGCGAGGUGCAGCCCAGCCACGGAGCUCUGCCCGCAAGAAACCCCACAGCCUGCCGCCUCGGAUUCUUCCAGCUCCCUCCCAGCUGCAGCGGGGUCAUGAGGACUCUGGACCUUCUCAUCCUCUGCCUGCCAGCGCUCCUGGCCCAGGGCCAGUACGACCUUGGAGAUCCCGCCUACCACGACCCGCCCUACAUCCCCUACGAAAUAGAGAGCCCCGAUUACUACGACUAUGCCGGCAACGACAUCUCCUCGCAGAGCCCGGAGGAAGAGGGGCAGCGCUACCCCUACCAGUCCCAGCAGCAGACGCAGCAGGAGGUCAUUCCCGCCCCGACCCCAGGCAUUCUUGAGACGGAGCCCACGGAGCCCGGGCCCUUUGACUGCCAGGAGGAGCAGUACCCCUGCACCCGGCUGUACUCGGUCCACAAGCCCUGCAAGCAAUGCCUGAACGAGCUCUGCUUCUACAGCCUGCGGCGGGUUUACGUGAUCAACAAGGAGAUCUGUAUCCGCACGGUCUGCGCCCACGAAGAGCUGCUCAGAGCUGACCUCUGUCGCGAUACCUUCUCCCGGUGCGGCGUGAUGGCAACCAGCGGCCUCUGCCAGAGCGUGGCAGCCUCCUGUGCCAGGAGCUGUGGGGGCUGCUAAGGAGUGGCACCCCACUGACCACCCAGCAGAAUUCAUGCUCAGGGGCCUCUGCCAUUAUUCCUGGCUUCUGAAGCCACACAGCAGGCAGCUGGGGGAGGUGUGUGUGUGGGGGGGUACACAUUGUGAUUAAAGUCACCCAAGAGGAAGAAGCAACUGUCCCCCCACACAGCUCCCAAGAUCUGCCUGUCUCACUUAGUAUAAUGGAGUCAUUCCUUUUCUACGCAAUAUUGAAUAAACCAAAAGUAUUAUCACA